CUCAAAAUCAAAACAUAGAGGAGAGGACUACUCUUGAUCACUCUUAGCAAGCAAAGAUCAAAGACAACAAUGUUGAUCGAACUUGCAGUUACUUUAUUGGUUAUAGCUCUGUUUAUACACUUGCGUCCAACACCAACUGCGAAAUCCAAAGCCCUUCGCCACCUGCCAAACCCACCAAGUCCAAAACCUCGUCUUCCAUUCGUUGGUCACCUUCACCUUUUGGAUAAUCCUCUGUUACACCAUUCCCUCAUCCGUCUCUCCAAAAGCUAUGGCCCUCUGUUCUCUCUAUACUUUGGUUCCAUGCCUACCGUUGUUGCAUCCACACCUGAGUUGUUCAAACUGUUCCUUCAAACACACGAGGCAUCUUCAUUCAACACAAGGUUCCAAACCUCAGCCAUAAGACGCCUCACAUACGAUAACUCUGUGGCCAUGGUUCCCUUUGGACCUUAUUGGAAGUUCAUCAGGAAACUCAUCAUGAACGACCUUCUUAAUGCCACCACUGUCAACAAGUUGAGACCCUUGAGGAGCCAAGAAAUCAAAAAGGUUCUCAGGGUAUUAGCCAACAGUGCUGAAACUGAAAAGCCCCUUAAUGUCACUGAGGAAUUGCUUAAAUGGACAAAUAGCACAAUCUCAAGGAUGAUGUUGGGCGAAGCUGAAGAGAUUAGGGAUAUGGCUCGUGAUGUCCUCAAGAUCUUCGGCGAAUACAGUCUUACUGACUUCAUUUGGCCAUUGAAGAAGCUCAAGGUUGGACAAUAUGAGAAGAGAAUUGAUGACAUCUUUAACAAGUUUGAUCCCGUCAUUGAAAGGGUUAUCAAGAAACGCCAACACAUAAGGAAAAUGAGAAAGGAGGGUAAUGCAGUAGUUGAUGACAGUGAGCAGAGUGUCGUUUUUCUCGAUACUUUGCUUGAAUUUGCUGAGGACGAGACCAUGGAAAUUAAAAUCACCAAAGAACAGAUCAAGGGUCUUGUUGUGGAUUUCUUCUCAGCAGGGACAGAUUCAACAGCCGUGGCAACAGACUGGGCUUUGUCAGAGCUCAUCAACAACCCCAGGGUGCUGAAGAAAGCUAGAGAGGAGAUUGACAGUGUUGUGGGAAAAGAUAGACUUGUUGAUGAAUCAGAUAUUCAAAAUCUUCCUUACAUUAGAGCCAUAGUGAAGGAGACAUUCCGCAUGCACCCUCCACUGCCUGUUGUCAAAAGAAAAUGUGUGGCAGAGUGUGAGAUUGAUGGUUUUGUCAUCCCAGAGGGAGCAUUGAUACUUUUCAAUGUUUGGGCUGUGGGAAGAGACCCAAAAUACUGGGAAAGGCCAUUGGAAUAUCGUCCAGAGAGAUUCUUAGAGAGUGGUGUUGAAGGAGAACAAGGAGGCCCAGUUGAUCUCAGGGGACAGCAUUUCCAACUAUUGCCAUUUGGGUCAGGGAGAAGGAUGUGCCCUGGUGUCAAUUUGGCUACAGCAGGAAUGGCAACACUGCUUGCAUCUCUUAUCCAAUGCUUUGAUCUUCAGGUAGUUGGUCCACAAGGCCAAAUAUUGAAAGGCAAUGAUGCUAAAGUUAGCAUGGAAGAGAGACCUGGUCUCACUGUUCCAAGGGCCCAUAAUCUCAUCUGUGUUCCCCUUGCAAGACCAUCCACCGCCGCUAAACUCCUUUCCUCAUAAAAUACCACUCAACACAACACCAUGUAGUCAUGGCGGAUGCUAGCUUUUAUAGAAUAAUUAUAAUGUCAAUAAAGGUAUCACUGAUAGACAAUGAAUCAAAUUCCCAACACAUGUGCUCAUGUGUCACCCCAGUUAGUCUCUCUUCGGUACCGCGAUGCAUUUUGUAUUUUCAUCUUUUUAUUUUUAUUGUUUUCAAAAAGGUGUGUUGUAAUAACUUGUAUCUUUUGUUUUUACUCGCAUAUCCAGUUAUA